AUGAGCGCUGUCUCUUCAACAUCCUCAAGCUCCAAGCCGACGGCGGCAGGAAUCGUUGAACGCGCAGACACACAGCAGCGGGUCAUCCCCGAGUCUAGGCGUGCCGAUGGAUCCGUUCGGAAAGAGCGCAAAGUGCGCCCUGGCUUCACACCGGUCGAGGAUGUGAUGCGCUAUCGCCCGGCACGCGUCAGGGAAGCCGAAGAGGCUCGCAAGAAGGGCAUUCCAGGUAGCGUGCCGACGCAGUCCACAGCAGCGGCAGCAGCAGCAGUAGCACCGUCAGGCCCUUCCGCAUCACCUCCGCCAUCCGCAUCAUCCUCGGAACCCCAGAGAUCCGAGACUCAGCGCACGAGUUGGCGCUCGAACACACCACAACGGCAAGCAGCCUUGACGGUUGAUCCGACGAGCUCUUCAAGGGCGGACAGGCUGGCUUCAAAUGCAGCGAACAACUCGGAAGCGUCCCCAUCUGGAGAAAGGUCGUGGCGCAACUCUCGUCUGCGCAAGCCCGCUUCAUCGGAUGCAUCAAAGAAGGCUGUCACGUCCGCAGGCAGCAGUCAAGACGUGCGGGUUGAGACUGUCGACUCAGCCACAGCCAAAGCAGAGAGGUCUGUGGUCUCAGAAUCCCUCUCUUCCGCUGAUGAGCUUGCCCAGGAGCUAGACAGUCUGCGCAUCGGAAAGUCCGAUAAACCUUCACAGAAAUGA